UCAAUAAUCGUAUUGUGCAAUACCAGUAGUCGGCGGAAUUACUCCAAGCUUUCUAUUUUCAUCAACAUCAUGCAAUCUUAUCUUAUAUUAAAACAAGUUUACAUCCUAACUGAUAAGAAUAUUUUUGAAGAAGAACACAAAACACUAAUAUGCAUCACCUAUUACAUAAGACAUCAUAGAUAAAAGAACGAAGAAAAUCUCUUCAAUUCUUUAUUAGUCAACAAUGAUAUUAAAACAAAGGAUAAAAGAAGCAAUAAAUUCACUGUUGGAAAAAAUGGAGAUUCCAGACCAGAAGUAGUCUGUCAUUGUAGGUACUGUAUAUAGUAGCAUGUCUAAUGAAAACAAAUGAGACUGGAUAGCUCAUAGUGUGGCACAUAUGUGUAAACGUAUUAACAUCACCACUCACGUGACACUUUUCUCUUACGUCUUUAUACAUAUAUGACGCUAAAUUGUACGCUGCUCAGUUGUUAUCGAACAGUCAGUUACAGUGAUUCGUACCAACAGCAUUAGCAAUUCACAGUGACGGGGAGGGGUCUCUUCAACCUGCACACCCCUAUUUCAACAAUCUCCAGUCUGAAUUCAGUUCUGAAUUCUAAAUCAAUCAACAAUGGAUCCUUUCACGUUAACUCUCUUCCUGACGAUGGGUUUCCUGCUUUUGUAUCAUUUUCUAUGGCAGCCGAUGAAUUACUUUAAGCAACGCGGUAUCAAAUACGAAUCACCUGUGCCGAUUUUUGGUAACAUGGCGUCUGUUGUGUUACGUCGUACCACCAUGGCAGAACACUUUCAACGAUUGUAUCACCGUUUUUCCGACGUCAAAUAUUUUGGAUUAUUCAACUUUACGAGUCCAGUGAUCGUGAUUCGCGAUCCCGAUUUAAUCGCGUCCAUAACUGUGAAGAAUUUUGAUCACUUUUCCGAUCGUCGUGGUUUCGACGUCGGGGAUCUCGAUCCUCUGAUAGGAAGAAACCUGUCCGCUCUUCGGGGUGACGAGUGGAGAGAGAUGAGGAGAUUGCUCAGCCCUUCUUUCACCUCCAUGAAAAUGAAGAUCAUGUAUCAUUUGAUGCGCGAUUGCGCGAACGAUUUCACUGAUUUUAUUGCCAAUCAAUCGAAGCACGGAAAGGUUUUUGAUAUAAAGGACAUCUUUGGCCGAUACACGACCGACGUUAUAGCCACCUGUAGCUUCGGUAUUUCAAUCGAUUCGAUGAGAAAUCCUAACAACGAGUUCUAUGUAUUGGCGAGAGAUACGAUGAGCUCGCAAUCAAGUAUGUCGUGGAAAUUAAUGUUGGCUAUGUGCUGCCCUGCUCUAUGCAGAACAUUUGGUAUUAGGGUAUUCAGCGAGAAGGUUCAUCGGUAUUUUUUGAACGUCGUUCGUCAGACGGUCAAAAUGAGAGAGGAACAGGGCAUCACCCGUCCAGACAUGAUCCAAUUGAUGAUGGAUACCAAGGAUAAAGAACGAAGCUUAACGAUCGAAGAGAUGACGAAUCAAGCGUUCGUUUUCUUCUUGGCUGGAUACGAUACGUCUUCGACGUUCCUCUCUUUUCUGAUACACGAAAUCGCCACGCACCCGGAAGUGAAAGCGAAAUUGAUGGAGGAGAUCGAGGAGGUAGUUCGAAAAACCAAUGGAAAUCCAACCUACGAUGCUUUGAAGAACAUGCCAUAUAUGGACGCUGUUAUGAACGAAACUUUGAGGUUGGACGGCAUAGCGAUUAGUUUGGAUCGCGUAUGCGUGAAAGAGUUUCAACUUGAACCAGCCUCUUCUGGCGCAGAACCUGUUACCCUAAAACCAGGCGACAUCGUGUGGUUCCUACCGUUCUCCCUUCAACGCGAUUCCAAGUACGUGAAGAAUCCAACGAAAUUCGAUCCAGAUCGAUUUUUAGGCAAAGAUGCUCCUUCGCCAUCGGUUAAUAUACCAUUUGGUAUCGGCCCAAGAAUUUGUAUCGGAAACAGAUUCGCUCUUCUCGAAUCGAAAAUCUUGAUGUUUUAUCUGUUAUGGCGUUGCGAUGUGGAACCGUGUGAAAAAACCCAGGUACCAAUGAAAUUCAGCAAGCACAACAUUGCUUUGACGGCGGAAAAUGGAUUUUGGUUAAAGUUUCGGGCGAGGGACAAAGUCUGUUUGCAAGAAGCAAAUGGCAAAGUGAAAAAUUAGUGAAAUGAGUGAUACCUGACCAAGAAGCCAAAGAAUUUUCAAUAUACCGAGGAUUGAUACAACAAUGAGAAAUGAUUAGAUUACAAAAUAUGAAAAAAUAAAUGUACUUGCAAUGUUGCAGUUUGUAACAAUAAAAUUAUUUAUUUUA